GAAAAGUAAUAAUUACAAACUGGCCUAGGAGGUUGAGAAUUUGAGAUUAAGGGGUAGUUGACCACCUCCACAGAAUUGUUGAUAACAAAAUCCCGCAAAUAUCCUCUUCUUUCCUUUCAUGUGCCAACGACACAGGAUAAGCGCCAACAAAUCAACUCCGUCAAAAGAUUAAUAUCAACAAAUGCACCGAUGAUGAAUGAUUUUCCUUUCAUAUCACGAACCCUAGGAGAGAGAACAUAGAUACCUGCGAAAGUUCCCCAUUUCUAUUCAUCUUCAAAGAGUUUGAGUCUGAAGAAUCAAUAAUCAUGAAAGGUCUGUUCAAAUCCAAACCUCGAACUCCAGCGGAAAUCGUUAGACUCUCCCGGGAUCUCCUUACCCAAUUUGAUAUGAAUACCAUCCGUGAGAGCAAGCGCGAAGAAAAGAUGGCGGAGCUAAGCAAACUCAUUCGAGACAUGAAAUGUAUCUUAUAUGGAAAUAGCGAAGCAGAGCCAGUUGCAGAAGCUUGCAUGCAGUUAACCCAAGAGUUCUUUAAAGAGAACACAUUGCGCCUGCUGAUCAAUUGCCUUCCCAAAUUGAACCUAGAGGCUCGUAAGGAUGCCACUCAAAUUGUUGCUAAUUUGCAAAGGCAACAAGUGCAUUCUCGUCUAAUUGCUUCUGAUUACCUGGAAAGAAACAAAGAUCUGAUGGACAUUCUUAUAGCAGGAUAUGAAAACACAGACAUGGCCCUGCAUUAUGGUUCCAUGUUGAGGGAGUGCAUACGUCAUCAAGUUGUGGCUAAAUAUGUAUUAGAAUCAGAGCAUUUGAAGAAAUUCUUUGAAUUUAUUCAGCUUCCAAAUUUUGACAUUGCUGCUGAUGCUGCUGCAACUUUCAAGGAACUCUUGACAAGGCAUAAAUCUACGGUGGCUGAGUUUCUCUCUGUGAACUAUGAUUGGUUUUUUGCCGAGUACAACUCAAAACUCCUGGAAUCGAGCAACUACAUUACCAGAAGACAAGCCGUAAAGCUCUUGGGGGACAUGUUAUUGGAUCGUAGCAAUGCUGCAACCAUGACAAAAUAUGUGAGCUCAAGGGAAAAUCUAAGGAUUCUGAUGAAUCUUCUAAGGGAGUCAAGCAAGACCAUCCAGAUAGAAGCAUUUCAUGUUUUCAAGCUAUUUGCUGCAAACCAAAACAAGCCAGCCGACAUCGCCAACAUCCUUGUUGCAAAUAAGAGCAAACUUCUUCGAUUACUUGGUGAUCUCAAGACUGAUAAAGAGGAUGAACAGUUUGAUGCAGACAAAGCCCAAGUCAUGCAGGAAAUCGCUUCUCUUGAACCCCGAGAACUGGCAUGAGCUUUUUUGUAUGUUUUGUAUCGUUUCCAUUGUUCAUUAUCUCCAAUUAUUUUUUCCGUUGUAGCCUUUUAUCAAAUCACAGCCUGUGAACUCAGUAGAUCACUGCUGUCAUCUGAAACGCACACAGAUCUAUAUUCUGCAGUCCUUCCUAUUGAUUGUGCAGCCUCAAGUUCUCAGCAUCUUGUAAUUUUGAGCGAAUAUUGAGAACAUCUCCUGUAUUUAAAGAAUAAUGUUGAAGGUAAAUAAAGUUUAACAUGAGGAGUCCAAAGUGAAAA